UAUUCAUGUUUUUAGCAGUAAAAAUCUAAAAAUUAAAUUAAAAUUGAAUCUUUUCAAUAAAUUUAUUCAGAUUAAUAAGUUUUAAUUUCUCCGUUGUCUAGUGAUCAAGCUGAUUACAAAAUGAGUCGCAAUUCAAACGAAGUCGAUGAGUUGUUUGAUGUUAAAAAUUCAUUCUACAUCGGUAACUAUCAACAUUGUAUCAAUGAAGCACAAAAGAUUAGUAAACCUUCGGUAGAAAAGGAUACUUUUCUGUACCGGGCGUAUAUCGCCCAGCGUAAAUACCGGGUGGUAUUGGACGGAAUACGACCAAGCAGCGACAAUCCGCUGCUUCCACUGCGCUACUUAGCCGAAUACUUAUCAGAUAAAUCUCGUCGCGAAGCGAUUGUAAGCCUCUUUGAUGAUAAGUUCAAAGGGGACAUAAGUGAGUUGGAAGUAACAUGGAUCAUUGUUGGUUCCAUCAUCUACUGCAAUGAGGGAAUCUAUGAGUCGGCGCUGAAGAUUUUACAUGGUAAUUUCAAUCUGGAAUGCCUAUCGAUGCAGCUGCAAUGUCUCCUGCACAUGUCCCGGGUCGAUUUAGCAAAGCAGGUAUUACAAACCAUGCAGGAAAAGGACGACGAUGCAACUCUUACUCAGCUGUCGCAAGCUUGGCUGAACAUUCAAUUGGGAGGAGAAAAACUUCAAGACGCAUUCUUUAUCUUCCAAGAUUUCUGCGAUAAGUUCUCUCCAUCAUUGCUUUUGCUAAACGGACAAGCCGUUUGCUAUAUCGGUCAGCAAAAGUACGACGAUGCCGAGAGCGUUUUGCUGGAAUGCUUGAACCGCGACCCAAAUGAUUACGAUACGCUGAUCAAUCUUUUAUUGUUAUCACAACAGAAGGAAAAGAACAACAGUCAAUUCAACCGCUAUCUAUCGCAAGUGUUGGAUCAACACAAGGACAGCGCGUUGGUUGCGACUUAUAAUAAGAAACAGACAGAGUUUGAUCGGCUCGCACUUCAGUAUGGUCCAUCUAAUAAUAAGUCUAUCAGCGAUAUCGUUGCUUGAAGUUGGAAAAUUGUAUGCACGAAUUCAAUAUUAAAAGUAAUGUAAA